AUGAAGCCAAAAGAAACCCCAGAUAAACAAGCGAAACAGAGCACUCUGCUGGGAGAAUGUCCCCGGAGGGCCGCCCACGGGUUUUCAGUGAACUUUCAGACGGGCAUCAGUGACACGAACAACAUUGCCUUCCACUUCAACCCUCGGUUUGAUGGAGGCGGAUAUGUGGUCUGCAACACGAGGCAGCAAGGAAACUGGGGGUCGGAGGCGAAGAAGAUGCAGAUGCCCUUCCAGAAGGGGAGUGAAUUUGAGAUCUGCUUCGAUGUAGACAGGUCCUCGUUCAAGGUGACGGUGAACGGGAGCAUCUUCCUGGAUUAUGUACACCGUGUGCCCUUCGACAAAGUCAACGCCAUCUCCAUCUGCGGCUGCGUGCAUGUGUCCUACAUCAGCUUCCAGAUAUGUAAUCCGCUACCAUGUUGAAGAUGUUCACUGUAUAUUGCUUACACGGUCAUAAAACCCAGAAGCUUGAUGAUAUGGCUCCCGAUUACGUCACCACCAACCAAUCAGAAGACAUCCUUGAGCUGAUCACACACCCCUCACCCUCACCCUCACCCUGUGUUUAAGACCAUUUCCCUGAAAGUCAUCGUGGAAUUUGGGGUUUUUAAGCUGCCUGGGCUCCUUGCCUGGAACCUGCAAUAAAUGCUGCGCUUUCCUUCAUCAUAA